AUGCACAACAGGUGGUUCUUGAGCUUUUUAUCCGCCGCUCUGUACGGGAUACCUCUCGCACAAGCAAACGAUCAACUUUGGAAAUCCUUGAAGCAUGAUCCCGCAAGCGAAAGCGACGCAGCCACUGCUGCAAACUUGUACAUGCAGGAAUAUACUGCGCUAGACAAGUUUGAGCACCGGUCGAACUGCUUCAGGCGUGUGAGCGCGGAGAGUUUGCGCGGUCGAUGUGAUAGAUUAGAAGUAGACGAGACCGCGCGCGUCCGAGUGGCCCUUUUGUUGGCAAUCUGCGAACUCAAGGCUGCUUCAACGCACGACGAACUCGUGCCCAUGGAGUGCGCGGCAUUCGCGCCCGAAGAGCGAGCGGGAGCCCCAGACGAUACCGACCCUCGACCCUGCACCCAGGCCAUGCUUCGGAGCGCGCAGGCUUGGGCGAGCUUCUCAGGAUACCACCGCGACAUCCUUCCUAUAUGCGCCGCGAUGCAGCAUGCGAAAGGAAUAGAUCGUGCUAUGGAGCUCUUUCACAACGCGACUACCGGAAACAUCGCUUUGAUUCACUACUUCGAGGCGCGUGCAACCGAGGACGAAGUAUUCCGUGAUGAUUGGCGAGACCUGCACGCGGACUUCCGUCAAACCUCAUCAGAACUGCAGAUGCUUCAGUUGCGCCUUCGUGAUAUUUCGACUGAAAUUGCCGGAGAAGCCAGCGAGUUACUCAAUACAGUCUUCGUAUCCGGAGAAGACAGAGCAGCGCGCUCUCAGGCUCGCUGGGAGAAGGUCCAGGAGGACUCGUUGAUCGCUUACAAAGCCGCUUCAAUGGACGCGCAGAACACCUUCCUCGGCGAAAUUGUCGCACGUUCUCAGGAUCUGACUACGACGCUCGAUCAUCUUGGGCUGCGUCUGGCGUCGUUGCACGAUGACCUUGAGCGUCAGCGGCGUAUCGCAGGCGAUAUCACGCAAGACCUCGGCUUGGUUUCUACGAAUGUGCAAGCCAUUUGGACGGCGACUGGGGACCUCUCUACAGACUUGUCGGACGGCCUAUCUCUGUCCAGACAUGUCCGCAAGGAACAGGAGAAUGCUUUGCGCGAGGCGGUUCAACUUGCUCAGUCUCUCCAACUUCUCACGCAUUCGGUACAUGAGGCGACCAGAAGCUUUGAGGAGACGGUGGUCGAGGCUAUCGAGCGACUCCCGGCCACUUUCGCUCGAGGUGUUGCAUCUCUCGGACACCGCGCAUUGGGGUCAUGGCUUGGAGAUCUCGGCCGGUUAUCGCUCACCAGUAUCACCAGUCGACUCGUGGUCCUUGUAUGGCACUAUCCCAUGGAGGCAUUGGUGGCUUAUCUUGUCGCCUACCAUUGCAUUCCUCGCACAGUAGGCUUCGUCUGGUGGUUCAUUACACCGCUACUUGGUCCCUUGCGUGCUCUUGGGAGGCUCAUUCGCUACCUCCGCUCUCAAGAUAGCAGGUCUGCACCAUCAUGCGAUCAAUCAUCGCCUAGAGCGUCAUGGACAGAGUGUGGCGUGAAUCCGUCGUUCACGGCCGAUGCCAGCCCACGGCUCACUCAGUUCAUCUCUGAAUCCCCCAUUCUGUUCACUCCGGCAAGGCAAAGCUCGCUGGAGUUACCGCUGCCGCCGCUAUCGAUAUUGCCAGACUCACGUUCUUCUGGCCUGUCAUCCUUCGACAUGCCGAAGAUAGCGAAGGGGUAUAAGCGUGCUCAGAGUGCUCCGGUUGAAUCAACGUCCGCGAUCAGCACUACCCGGAACAAGAGUCCCGAGGUCGGCCAUCCACGCGCCCCGACGCCCUCGAUACCACGCGCCAUACGACGAAUGUCACGCAUAUUGGAGUAG